CUAGUCGCAUUAGACUUAAUAUUAUGUAUGUUGAAGGUACAAAUGAAUAUUGUUUUUUUAAAAAGAUAUUUAACAUUAUUACAAGAUCAAGUAGAUUUUCCUAGUUGAUCUGACCAAGACCAUUACAUCAUAUCAAAUCCAUUAUCGACUAAUGCUGAACACAACAAAGAAAUAAAAUGAAAAAAGAAAUUUUUUCAUUUCAGUUAUGUCUAUCAAGUGAAAUCAAGUUUAAUUUAAAUUACAUCAAUACAUUCAAUGUAUAUAUGCCGUUGUGUUAUAGAAUUCUUUUUAUGUUAAAUGGUUGCAAUUGAAUUACGAAAGAAUUAAACUGUUCAGAUCUUUCACAAAUAUUAACAUUACAGCAGACAACAAUUGUGGAUUACAAAUGAUAAUUAAAAAACAACUUUUCGAUAGCGUAUCGAUCUUGAUUGAAGUGAAAUAUCUCAUAUUGAACAAUUAACAUUGGAUAAAAUAGAUUUUCUUCUCAUAUUUUUAUUACAAAUUUCAAAUGAAAUAAAAGAUGAGAAUGAAUACUUAUCGAUUAAACAAUUCAAUAAUAAAUAUAGAAUGUUAUAUUGAUUAAAAUCUUCAAAAAAAAAAAAGAAAUUGAAACUAUUGAAGAAGAAGUUCUUAAUCAAAGUCAAUCAGCAACAACAAAUGGUAUUAAUAAUGAUCACCUUCAUCAAUUAAUUCAUUUAUUAAAAGACAAUUAA